GGAGCAAGCAAAUGCAUAGGAGCGAGCGAGAGAGAGAGCCUAUUGUGAAUCCAAAGGCAACAAAUACAAUGGUAUAUAACGAAGAGACAAUAAAGCAAACCAUCAUCAAUCUAUAAGAGCCAAAAAGGGAAAGAAUGCAAAGUCCAGCCCAACCGCCACCUCCCUCCACCGCCGCCGUCGCCGGGGACAACAGAGUCACUACGCUCUACUGCAUAAUCGCCGCCUCCCUCUUCUCUCUCCUCUUCGUCUUUUCUCUCUCCUCCACCCCACACACCCGGCCCCCUCCCCCACUCGACCCGUACCUCUUCCCGGACCGACAAUCCCAGCCCAGCUCCGCCCGCCGCCACCGCCUCUUCAUCCCCAACUCCGUCGAUCCCCCCCCGCCGCCGCCUCCCUCCAUCGCCUACCUCAUCUCCGGAUCCGACCCGCACCGGAUCCUCCGCCUCUUGCUCGCCGUCUACCAUCCCCGAAACCACUACCUCCUCCACCUCGACCUCUCCGCCCCCCAAUCUGACCGCCAGUUCCUCGCCGUCACCGUCCGCUCGAUCGCCGUUUUCAGAGCAGCCCAGAACGUCAAUGUCAUUGGAAAGGCCGAUUUCGCCUACCCGAAAGGCUCGUCGCCUCUUUCCUCUACGCUUCACGGUGCUUCCAUUCUGCUCCGCCUUUCUGCGAAUUGGGACUGGUUCAUCAAUCUCUCGGUGGCCGAUUACCCUCUCGUUACACAAGACGAUCUUCUUCACAUUCUGUCCUACCUGCCGAAAGAUCUCAAUUUUGUGAACCACACAAGUUACAUUGGCUGGAAAGAAUCUCGGAGCUUGAAACGCAUAAUUGUUGACCCGGGGUUGUAUAUUUCGGAGAAAAUUUGGAUGUUCUAUGCUUCUCAAAAGCGCGAGUUGCCGGAUGCUUUCCGGUUGUUCAUGGCACUGUGCACCAUGAGAACAUCUAAGGUUAUAAAAAUGAAUUUUCAAUUAUUACGCGAGGGAGACAAACUCACUGGGUGGUGGGUGCAUAUUUUGAAGAUGUCUUGUGGAGUAUUUGCACAUGCUAUUAUAUCCUUUUGGAUGUCAUGCACAGAAUUAGAGCAAGGCUCUUCGUCUGCUAUUUUGAGUCGCAAGGUGAUUGAGUUCUGUAUCUUGGGCACUGACAAUCUUCCAAGGACCCUACUGAUGUACUUGUCAAACACACCUUCAGCCGCAUCUGUUUACUUCCCUACUGUUCUAUGCAAUUCUCGGCAGUUCAGUAGAACAACCAUAAACCAUGGUUUGUGCUAUGCUUCCUUUGACAACAACCAGGAGCCCCGGGCAAUCAAAUCUGAGGAUUUGCAUGAUUUGAUGAGAAGUGGAGCAGCCUUUGCCUCGCCUUUUCCUUCCAAGGAUCCAGUUCUUGACCACAUUGACAAGGAAAUCUUGAACCGCAGUCCUGGCAAGCCAUUGCCCGGUGGCUGGUGUUUGGGGGAGUCAAAAAAUGAUACCUGUGACAUCUGGGGAGAUGCCAACAUCCUUAGCCCUGGUCCAGGAGCUAGGAGACUUGAAAAUCUAUUCAUCGAAUUACUUUCGAAUGGGACAUUUCGAUCCCACCAAUGCAUAGUCAAAUGAACUGAAAUGAGUUUCCCCAGUCACUAGGAGAAGAGAAAGAAGAGAGAGUAGGAAGAAGGGAACAGCUGCAAAGAGAAAACAUCGAAGAAUUGGAGCUCCUAAUCCUUAAUCUGAUUGAGGGCCCCUUAGCUGUUUGACCAUUUACAUUUUGGGACUUGAAUUAGACUCUUAGCCUGAUUCUUUUGUAAUGCUGUACUGUUUGGUGGCUCAUUUCUCAAUUCUGUUGAAAUAGUAGUUGUUGUAUAUUACAUUGCAAAAGUUGCUACCAAUCAGGGGCCCUUCUAUUUACUUAAUUCUUUUACCUAA